AUUUUUGUGGGAAUGUACUGCAACUAAAAUCUAAAAAUUAAUAAUUGUCUUUGUGGAGGUAGUUCUGCGUAUUGCUGCAGAGUCUUUCCAAUGAAUGUAAGAGUUGGGGUACUAGUAGUAGUAAGUCAAGUCAGCACAGGGAAUUGCCAACCAGUGAUUUAUGGGACCGCUCCUGACGUGCAGCGGUAGCGAACAAGAUGGCUUUGCCAAGUUUGUCGGAGAAGCGCUUCACCAUAAUUGCGCUGUUCUUUCAGGCAGUGUUCUUGAUCUUGUUUGGUGUGUUCACGGAGUAUGACCGUCCUGAGGCCAGACCAUCGCUCGACCCGAACGCCACUAAGCCUGCAGCGAAUGGCAUCGACUCUCUGUACCCGAUGUGGCAAGACGUUCACAGCAUGAUGUUCAUUGGGUUCGGAUUUCUGAUGGCGUUCCUCAAACGCUACGGCUACAGCAGCAUCGGGCUGAAUUUCUUCCUGGGAGCGCUAGUUCUUCAGUGGGCUACGCUGGUACUUGGCUUCUUCAAGGGCGAGUACGACGAGCAAAUACACCUGACCUCCGACAACCUACUAACGGCCGACUUUGCCGCCGCCGCCGUAAUGAUCAGCUUCGGUGCGGUGCUCGGCAAAGUGUCCGUAGUUCAGCUGCUGUUCAUGGCGUUUUUUGAAAUUAUGUUCUUCGCUGUGAGUGAAACUGUGGGUGUGAAAUACCUGAAGGCCGAGGACGUGGGAGGAUCGAUAUUUGUGCACACGUUUGGGGCGUACUUUGGCAUUGCAAUGAGCAAGACACUUGCGCCGGACACACGGCAUGCCCGAAAACCGGGAUCGGAGAAGGAAGGCGCCGUGUAUCACUCGGAUCUGUUCUCCAUAUUCGGUACCAUUGUGCUCUGGCUGUACUGGCCCAGUUUCAAUGCCUCGCUGAAGGUUGGUGAUCAGAGGCAUCGCGCUGUGAUCAACACAUACUAUUCACUCAGUGCCUGCACUGUGGUGACCUUUGCGUUGGCUACGCUAUUCAACAAGAAACAGAGGCUUGAUAUGGUUCUCAUUCAGAAUGCCACGCUUGCUGGUGGUGUGGCUGUGGGUGCAUCAGCGAACUUCCUGAUCCAGCCCUGGGCUGCCCAGGUUCUUGGAGCUGUUGCUGCUCUUGUGAGCGUGUUUGGUUAUGUCAGUCUGCAGCCGUACUUGCAACGGACUUUGAAGCUUCAUGAUACGUGUGGUGUGCACAAUCUGCACGGCAUGCCUGGCGUACUGGGUGCCAUUGCGGGCAUUGCAGCAACCACCACCAUUAGCAGUGACUCCUACUUCAACACUCUGUACCAAGUCUACCCGGCCAUGGCGCCGAAGAAUGCCAGCGAUCCCGAACUGCUGCGGCUACAGAGCUUGGGCUUUGACGUCAGUCCCGGUGAUGGCCGUACGCGCCGCGAACAGGCUCUGUUUCAGCUGGCCGCACUGGCCACCACUAUAGGCAUCGCCAUAGUUGGCGGCGUGUUCACCGGCUUCAUUCUCAAGCUGCAGUUCUGCUUCCCGCCGGAAGACUGCGAUGAGGACCUGUUCGAGGACAGCAUCCACUGGCAGGUGAACCCCGGCGCGCCCGAAACCUCCACCAGCGGCAGGAACUACGCCACCCUGGAGCAUGACCAGGAGGUGCGACAACGGCAGCAUGUCCCGCCAGACCCACAAACCUAAUGAGAACGUGAAUACCCAUCAUGAGUAGCAAUAGUCAUGACUAACGUUAUGACAGGUUUGAACUCACUUUCCAAGAUCGACAGUUUGAUGUACCCUCUUUCCGCUAAACAAACACCAGAUUGUUUGUGUCUCCUUACUUAUGCAUAGGUACUUGUAUAUUGAGAUAGUGUAUAGGUAGCGACGAUAUCAAUAAUCAAUAUUCAGACCUAUUCUGUAUUUAGUCAAACUCAUUAUUUCAUAGCCCGAAUGCCCCAGUAUGAGCAGCAUCUCGGACUUUUCUGAUUUGAUCAGUACGCAAGCAAUGUAAGCAGCACUUACCGGUAUUCGGUACCUGUACAAUCAUGUGUGUUCUUGUUUAUGCAUUUUGGACUCCACUCCUUGACACAAUCGUCGUAGUACUGCAUAUACGUGAUUUUUAUUAUGUUUCCCCCGAAGACAGAACCACUUUACAGAUCAUAAUAAUGAUAAUUUUAUCAUUGCGUUGUGUAAGGAAACUCUUUGCAGGAACUAACUUGA